AUGUCUACUGAUCAUCAGCUAAAAAGAUAUACCGAAAUUAUGCUAGGCAAUACUGACGCAAACUCUCUGAUAUUAUGGCGAGUUAAUAUUCCUGAAAAUGAGAUACAUGAGAUAUAUGAAGGAAUCAACAUCAAAGAAAAGUUUAAAGGUGAGGAAUUGACCAGUAACCUCAAACCUAUUGGACAAGUUUUCAAAGGACAACCUCCUAGUGAGCACAUCCACAUUAUUGUAGAGUUGCCCGCCACCACUGUAAAAAGAAAAAUGCCCACCAUCACCCACGCACCUAAAACCAAUACAGGAUUAUCAAGGCUAG